UUCUCUCCCCGUCUCUCCCCCUUUAUUGAAAAAGAGUAAUAAAUAUACUGAUACUCCCCGCUCUCUUUAUGUUCCAUCUUAGUCAACCUCCCUGUACUCCACUUUAAUGCCUCUCUCUCUCUCUCUUUCUGUGUCUCUCACUCACGCAUCGCCAUUGCCGUGUACGUAGAAAGCUCUGAGGAUCAAUGGGGGGGGAGUAUCGAAGAGAGGAGGGAGUCGCGCUCCUCGUGAUCGUGGUCUUAGCGGGGCUCUCCUUGGUCUCCCUCCUCGUCGCCUUUACCUACUACUGCUACAUCAGCAACAAGGUCUCCAAGCACCUCAAAUCCCUCAACAAGGAGGAGACGAAGAAGGAGGAGGCGGAGGAGGAGGAGGCGAAGGACAUUGAGAACCAUUUAGGAGGCGGCGGCGGCGGCGUUGGAGGAGGAGGAGGAGGAGGAGGAGAGGGUACGGUGGUGGUGAGCGAGAGAGGGAUACAGGUACAGCUGUUCAGCUACAAGCAGCUCCACGUGGCGACGGGUGGGUUCGGGAAGGGCCACGUGGUGGGCCACGGAAGCUUCGGGUCGGUGUACCGAGGGUUGCUCCCCGACGGGCGCAAGAUCGCCGUGAAGCUCAUGGACCGGCCCGGGAUGCAGGGCGAGGAGGAGUUCAAGAUGGAGGUCUCUUUUUAGGUGGAGUUGCUGACGCGGCUCCGGUCGCCGUAUCUGCUGGGGUUGAUCGGGCACUGCUCGGAAAACGGACACCGGCUGUUGGUGUACGAGUUCAUGGCCAACGGGGGUUUGCAAGAGCAUCUUUACCCAAAUGGAGGUUCGUGUGGUGGCAUUUCUAAGCUGGAUUGGGACACGAGAAUGAGAAUAGCUCUGGAAGCUGCGAGAGGUUUAGAGUACCUCCAUGAGCAUGUUAGUCCACCCGUCAUUCAUAGAGAUUUCAAGAGCAGCAAUAUCCUCUUGGACAAAAACUUCCACGCCAAAGUCUCUGAUUUUGGUUUGGCUAAGCUUGGAUCUGAUAGAGCUGGUGGGCAUGUUUCUACUCGAGUUUUAGGCACUCAAGGAUAUGUUGCUCCUGAAUAUGCGUUAACAGGGCAUUUGACAACUAAAUCAGAUGUGUACAGCUACGGAGUUGUUCUCUUGGAGCUGCUUACUGGCAGAGUUCCUGUGGACACAAACAGGCCUGCUGGAGAAGGCGUUCUAGUCACCUGGGCUCUGCCUUUGCUCACGGACAGAGAGAAAGUAGUGCAGAUUAUGGAUCCAGCAUUGGAAGGCCAGUAUAGCAUGAAGGAUGCCGUUCAAGUGGCCGCCAUUGCCGCCAUGUGCGUGCAACCGGAGGGUGAUUACAGGCCUCUCAUGGCUGAUGUGGUCCAAUCGCUGGUCCCUCUUGUCAAGAACAGGUCGAUCGCGAAGGGUUGCAGCUCUAGUUUUCAUGCCUCCAGGCCUCUUGCGUCGCUGGACUGUGGUAAAACCGGUUCUUGAAUUUGUAAUGUUUUUUAUUUCCCCUUUCUUUUUUGAACUUUCGGUUUAGAAUGUAAGGUGGCAACGGUAAUGUGUUAGUCAUUUUCGCUGCCUUCAACUUUUGUAGUUGAAUGAAUUAAUUGGACAUUAAGUUUGGCUUAUUAUAUGAAGCUCUAAUUGCUUGGGAUGGUGGUGUA